GAGCUUUCUGCAUCAGAGCAUGGCUCAAUACCAGUUACACCAGCAUCACUAAUAAGAGGUCACUCCGAAAGAGGGCACGGAUAUUCCUGAGAAGCCGGAGUCUGAUUGCCUGGAGUCGGAUUGCAUCGAAGACCAAAUCGACCCCAGUGAGAUUCAACUCCACGUUCCAGCUUCUCACACCAUGGAGUUCCUGCGUUCUUUCAGCUCCGCCUCUUCCUGUCCCGACAUCUACAACAGCACCAGCAGCAGUCUCAUCCUGGAUCAUUACAACUUCACCGGACGCCUCCAACAUCGCAAGCCCUCGAAGAAGGGCGUGAACGCCAUCACCAUCCUGUUCCUGUGCUUCAGCAUCUUCAUCAUCCUGGAGAACCUCAUGGUGCUGCUGGCCGUGCUGUUCGGCGUCCGUUUGCGCCAUCGCUGGAUAUUCAUCUGCAUCGCCAACAUCGCGCUGAGCGACUUGCUGACGGGAUCCGCCUAUGUGGUCAACAUCUGCAUGUCCGGCGACCGCACCUUCAGGCUAAGCCCAGUUCUGUGGUUAAUCCGCGAAGGACUUUUGUUUGUAGCCUUGGCGGCGUCCAUAUUCAGCCUGCUCUUGAUCGCAGUGGAGCGCUACGCCACUAUGAUGAAGCCCGUCCACCAGAAAACCGCCACAAAGACUUACCGAAUCUACAUAAUGGUGCUGCUCUGCUGGGUAACAGCACUCAUAAUCGGAUUCCUUCCGCUGAUGGGCUGGAACUGUGUUUGCGCCCUGAGAAGUUGCUCCACGCUGCUGCCGCUCUACUCCAAGAGCUACAUCUUGUUCGCCCUGGUCAUCUUCUUCAUAAUCCUGCUCACAAUCGGCGCUCUCUAUUUCGCCAUCUACUGUCACGUCCGCAGUAGCACCGAGACCAUAUCCGUGCGCAGCCGCAAGCGUUCGCUGCGCCUCCUGAAGGCCGUCAUCUCCAUCGUUGGAGUCUUCAUGGUGUGCUGGGGUCCUUUGUUCAUCCUCCUGUUGGUGGACUUCUUCUGCAACUCUCGUAAUUGCAGCACGCUCUUCAAUCCCGAAUGGGUCAUCGCCAUGGCCGUGCUCAACUCGGCCAUGAACCCGCUCAUUUACUCAUUUGGCAGCCUGGAGUUACGCAAAGCCAUCGCGACGCUCCUGUGCUGCUGCUGUCUGAAGGCGGGACUGUGCGACCCCAAGACCUUCAUGUCCAAUGAGACUUCCAGCACCUCCGGGAGUCGACAUAGCAGUCUGCGCAACAGCUUCAGCAAGGUGCGAAACCUGAGCACCAGCCCUCAGCCCGAACCCAAGAACAGCAAGAAAACACGCCUCAGCUCCACCACUUCUUGUUUAUCCGCAUCGAGCGGUUAAGCCGCGGUGGGCAGGUGAGUUUCACCCUCGCCACAGGAACUGCACCGCCUCAAACACACCAUCGUUGUGGCUUCAGUGGCGUUUCACUCUUUGCGGAUCAGAAGUCAGCAGGUGUGAGUUUCAAUGCUGAUGGACAAAUGCAGAAAGGACUGUAAAAGUGAGCAGCUGUGCAACAAAAACAUAAAAUCCAUUAAAAAAAACAUCACUUGAAUGCAUUUCUGUACGACAUUUGAGCCGAAUGCGAAGGAAAGCAAUCAGAACUGUAAAAUACUCAAAUGCAAACUGCCUUCUGUUGUUGUUUUCUACGAGAAUGUACAAGUAAUAUAAAUGCUAUAAUUUAAAAGUUAAAAAGUAUAUUUUCAUAUAAAGGGAAUUUUUAUAUUUUAAACAUGCACUUUUGAAACGGUUU